AUGACGACAGAGGCCCAGGCUUCAGAAUCUUCACUGGCAAAAGCCUCAUCUGCUGAGAGUUCCCUAGGAAGCCAAACUUGGGAAGACAAGGGCGUAGGGACCUGGUCUCUGAUGGCCUGGGUUUCAGAGGCCCAGGCUUUGGAGGCCCGGACUGCAAGGGCUCAGGCCUGGGAGACGCAAGCUUGUGAGGCUCAGAGCAGGGCCAGCCAACCCAAGCCAACCUCUGUAUCGGGGGUAGAAGCUGCCCCAGUCCUGAAACAGAGACUCUUACCUGCGAAAGUUCAGGUGCCAGAGAAGGAAAAGAGUGAGGUUCUCUUUACUCGUCCAUUCUGGUCCAGCAAGGUUGAGUACAUCCUGGCCCAGGUGGGCUACUCCAUGAGGCCAGGCAGUCUCUGGCAUUUUUGCUACCUGUGGCUUCACAGCGGAGGUUGCAGUUUUCUCAUCAUCUACAUCUUCCUGCUGUUGUUGCUUGGGGUUCCUCUCCUCUUCCUGGAGAUGGCAGCUGGUCAGAGGACUCGUCAGGGCACCAUUGGUGUGUGGAAGGUCAUCAGCCCCUGGAUUGGUGGUGUAGGGUAUACCAGCUUCAUGGUGUGCUUCAUCACUGGCUUGUACUUGAAUGUGGUCAGUGCCUGGACCCUCUUCUACUUGGGUCAAUCCUUCCAGUUUCCUGUUCCAUGGGAGAAAUGUCCUUUACUGAAGAACUCCACUGGCCUUGAUCCUGAAUGUGCACGGACGACACCCUCCCUGUACUUCUGGUACCGGAUGACUUUGAAGGCCUCAGACAGAAUUGAGGAUGGUGGGCCACCAAUCUUCAGUCUGAGCCUGCCCUUAUUCGUGUCCUUGUGUAUUCUUGGUGCCCUCACGAUUAAUGGGCUCAAGUCCACCGGGAAGGUAAUAUAUGUCUUGGUAUCAUUGAGCUAUCUCAUCAUCCUCUGUUUCAUCAUCCGGAGUAUACUGCUGGAUGGGGCAGUAUUUGGCCUUCGGUAUUUGGCAGUUAUCAAGAUAUCAGAUAUGUACAACGUGAACAUGUGGUACCGAGCAGGGAACCAAGUCUUGUUUUCCUUGGGCCUCGGCUUUGGCUCCAUUGUCUCCAUAUCCUCGCACAUGCAACCGUCCAACAGCUGUCUCAGUGAUGCCUUUGUUGUGGCUCUGGCUAACCUGGUCUCCAUGCUGCUUUUCACACCUUUUAUCUGCUCUGUCCUGGGCUUCUGGGCCACAGUCCUCACACACCGCUGCAGUGAGAAGAAUACUGAAACACUUUUAAAGCUGGUAACCCUGGGGAUACUGCCUCCUGAGGCCCAGCCCCCUCAAAACCUGAAUGGUGAUCCGACCUCCAUCUUCACCUCCUGGUUCAACAGCCUCUCCAACCCCAUCAAGAGGAAGGUCCUCAGGCAUGUGCCUGAGUGCAACUUAGAGAAGCAGUUUUUGAAGGUUAGGGAGAGCACAAACUUUGCUUUCCUGGCCUUCAUUGAAGCCAUGUCAUUUAUUCCUGGGUCUGUCUUCUGGUCGUUCCUCUUCUUCCUGAUGUUGCUGACCAUGGGGAUGAGCACCAUGAUAGGGAUCAUGCAGGGCAUCAUUACCCCCCUCCAGGACACCUUUACUUCUUUCCAGAAAUACACAAAGCCAUUUACAGUGGUUGUCUUUCUGCUCAUGUUCCUGUGUGGCCUCUUCUUCACUCGACCUUCAGGCAGCUACUACAUCAGACUGCUGGCUGACUACUGGACAGUCCUCCCUGUAAUCAUCAUCAUCAUAUUUGAAAACUUGGCUGUGAGCUGGGCCAGUGAGGCCAGGAGUUUCUUUGCAGACUUGGCUAACCUGUGGGGCCACCCCGUCUACCCCAUCAUUCGUUGGCUGUGGUCCUGUCUGAAUCCAAUUGUGCUGCUGGUCCUGUUUGUGACCACUGUGUUUCAUCUGUCUCUGAAGACCAUCACCUAUCUGGCCUGGGACUCAAGCACUUCAAAAGAAGUGGUUCGACGAUACCCAUCAUGGGGGCUGUUCGCAAUGAUUGCCCUUUUACUCAUUGUCAUUCUCCCCAUCCCCACGUACUUUGUAUAUUGCCUCACCCAUGGGAUUCCUGUCACCUCCACCCGCUGGGACAAGCCUGUGAUAUCCUCCAGAUCCCUGCCCAUAAGUGUCCAACUAACACCCAUUAAAGAGGUCCAAAAGGAGGAAAUCCUACAAGGUGAUAUUCAAAUUGCUGAUUAACCUGUUGUGUGACUUCCUAACUUUAUUUAUUUGACCUGACAUCAUAUAUCCCUCAAAACAGAUCUAACAGGCAACUCUUAAUACCAACUUGCAACUGUUGAUGUCUCUAGACCCAGAACUGCUUUUAUUCCCAAGGGUGGGGACAUUUUUGGCGGGGGGAGCUCAUGGGGCCUGGCUUUGCAGUCUUCCUCCUAGACUGCAUCCUCCCUGGUUACCACUUUUCAUUGUGUUUUCCCCAUCCCCUUCCUCAGUAUAUACACAUACCCAUUUUAUACGCCAUCGGUGAUGCCUACUAGAACCUGCUUCUCAACUGGUCUACCCAGCUCUUGGAAUGAAGCUGGAAGAGUAAUGCUGUUGGUCAAUAAAUUAGUCUACUGGGAUUCCAA